GUUCUCACCCUGGGCAAGCCACACUGUGUCAUGAGGACACUCAAACAGUCCUCUGAUGAGGCCCAUGAAGAGAAACUGAGGUCUCCCCUGAGAGACAGCCAGUGUGCCCAUCCCUGAGCAAGCCUCCUCGGAGGUGGAGUCUCAGGGCCCAUCCACAUCUUCAGAUGCCAGGAACCACAGCCAGCGUAUCCAUGCAGCUUCGGGAGAGACUCUGAAAGUUCUUGAAAAGAAGAUCAAGUCAAAAGUGAAUCAGCUUGCCCUUGGGCAGCACCAGAGCCAUGAGCAGUAAUGCAGCAGACCUCACCACUGGUUUCAUCGCUUCUAUUGCAGCCAUCGUUUUGUUCGGCUCAAACUUUGUACCGCUUAAAAAAUAUGAGACUGGCGAUGGAAUGUUUCUCCAGUGGGUACUUUGUGCUGCCAUAUGGUUGGUUGCCUUGGUGGUAAAUCUGAUACUACAUUGCCCUAAAUUUUGGCCUUUUGCAAUGGUUGGGGGCUGCAUUUGGGCAACAGGUAACAUAGCUGUUGUCCCAAUUAUCAAAACCAUUGGUUUGGGCCUUGGAAUCUUAAUCUGGGGAUCAUUUAAUGCCUUAACUGGAUGGGCAAGCUCAAGGUUUGGCUGGUUUGGAAUGGAUGCAGAAGAAGUGGCAAAACCAGUGCUCAAUUAUAUUGGAGCUGGGCUGUCUGUAGUAAGUGCUUUCAUAUUUUUGUUCAUCAAAAGUGAAAUACCAAAUAACACAUAUUCUGUGGACACCACACCACUGAUAUCAGAGCAUGUGAUUAACAAAACUCAAGAUCCUGAUCCUGACUGUUCCUGGGUGGAUAAACUUUCCACAGCACAAAGCCGCUUAGUGGGCUGCAGUCUCGCAGUGAUAUCUGGAAUUCUCUAUGGAUCUACAUUUGUGCCCAUCAUUUACAUCAAGGACCACAGCAAAAGAAAUGAUAGUAUAUAUGCAGGGGCAAGCCAGAAUGAUUUAGACUACGUUUUUGCGCACUUCAGUGGCAUCUUCCUCACAAGUACAGUCUACUUUCUGGCCUACUGUGUAGCCAUGAAAAAUAAUCCUAAACUACAUCCUGAAGCAGUCUUGCCAGGGUUCCUGUCCGGAGUCCUCUGGGCAAUCGCCACCUGCUGUUGGUUCAUAGCAAACCGCUCUCUCAGUGCUGUGGUCAGUUUUCCAAUCAUCACUGCCGGUCCAGGAUUUAUAGCUACAAUGUGGGGUGUCUUCAUGUUUAAGGAAAUACAGGGUCGAAAAAACUACCUGCUGAUGAUGCUUGCAUUUUGCAUCAUCUUGACUGGAGCCUUAUGCACAGCUUUUUCUAAAAUUUGACAACCACAAGGCCAGCAGAUGGCAGCAGCACUUGAGAACACUUCUCUCCUGGACACAAGAGAUUGUGCUGAGAACAGAGUUCAUGCUCACACAGCAAGUGGAUCUUCAUCCGUCCUGGAUUAGGGUAAAUGAUUUUCUUUCCCACAAAUGUGACACUGAAGGAAAACCAGCUGUCAGUCAAGCGUAAAAAUGAGAAGUUCUUCUAAUGAACUGUUUAUGAAGGUAGGACUUGACCUCAUUGUAUCUGAAGAUGCUGCUUUGACCACAAUAUGUGUUUACUGGUGUAUAAUCUAGCAAAGUGUGGCAUUCAUAUGUAAAGAAUUUUGUAUGUGUCCACAUUUCCAAAAUAUGAGCCUCAUUCAUGAAGACAGGCAUAAAAACGUGGGGGAUGGAGCAGGAAGAAGACUUAUAUUAUGAUGGAAUUAGGAUCCAAAGAUAUCUGGAGCCUUUGUGAGAAAAAAUAAAUGUCAGAGUUGGCAAGUGAAUGUUAAAAAAGCCAUUUCAUUAUUUUCAGCCCAGACUUAUUUUUACUUCAAAUUAAUGUUGCCCGAUUCUCAAUCACCCACCCAGUUAGCUCAAAAUGCCUUUGAUAUCUCCAGAUAAAAUCCAUCCUUAGAGAACAAAAACUUCCCACUGUUGAGAAUAUGUGUGUAACACAUAUAUGUAUGUUUACAAGUAUACACCCGUAAAUACACAUGCAUAUAUGAAUGUUCUACUAUAAAUUGGGGGUAAAAUCUAGAAUUGCUGAAGCAAGAUUCUAGCUUAUUACAUACCCAUGAAUAUACACCCAUAUAUGUAUGAACUCUAACUUGUGGAGAAAUUCUAGAAUUGCUGAAGCAGGGUUGUAGCUUAUCACAGUGAGAAUUUUAAGGAACCAAUACACUCCAUUAGAUGUACAAUUUAAUUUUUUUCUGAAAUAUAUUUUUUCUAAAACCUCUCUUGUAACCAGUGGUUUUCUUCAAUUUUUAAAUGGUAGUUUACACUAGGUCAAAGAAAAUCACAGAACAUGAUAGUCGUCUUUAAGAAAACUGAAAUGGAAUGGCUAUUACAAUGUUUAUUACAAUGGUUCCCAAACUCUUAAAAUAAUAGUAUAAAAAAACUGGAAUAGUGCAGUGUAAGUUUCGUCCACUCCCACUUGAUGAUAUCACAUUACUUUGCUACUUGGAGGGGCAAAAUGUAUGUGACUCCCUAGCUGAUCUGUGUGGGUUUAAAUCUCACCUCUGCUUCACCUUAAUUGUGUGGCUUUGGAUAAAUGUUCUAGUCAGAUUCCUCAUCUGUAAACUGGGGCUAUUGCUAGUGUCCAUCUCACAUGGUUACCAGGAAGUUCAAAUUAGUGAAAAUCUGUAUUUUCAUGAUUGUCUGGCACUUGGAAAACAUUGUAUAAUUCUCAGCUAUUAUUAUUACAUCUUGUUUGAGGGAAAAAGCCUGUGUCUGUAGAUCAGAGAUUACAUUGUAAGAACUGCUUCCCUUACCACUCCCCCACAACCCAAACAACUACUUAUACCUGUCUAUGAGUACAACUUAAAAAUGACACUGCUUAAUUGUUGAAUUGUGAAUAUAAAUAAAUAUUUGAUUAACAUC